AGGAGGAAGGACUCAUCACCCACCCACGAACGGCCAUGGGGGUUGCAACACCCAAAUCCCCCAAAACAGCAGGUUUGCACUCCACAGCCCCUCACUCUUCUCUGAAGGCAUCUCCAGGAUAUCACUGCAGCUUGUCAUGGCCGUCUACAAGGUGACAGUAGCAACAGGUGACAUGGUGGAAGCUGGGACCAACAACUCCAUCUCCAUCACCUUGGUGGGCAGCUAUGGCGAGAGCCGCAAGACCACCGUCUCCUUCUUGUUCCUGCCAGGGAAGGAGAGGACCCUGUCUGUGCACUGCGGGCAGGACUUGGGCCCCAUUGUCCUCAUCCGCCUGCAUAAGUGGCGGCUCUUCCUGGAGGACGCCUGGUUCUGCAAGGACGUCCGGGUGACAGCCCCCAAUGGCACCCUGUAUCGCUUCCCCUGCUACCAGUGGCUGGAGGGGGUCACCACGGUGGAGGUGCGGGAGGGCUCAGGGAAGAAGCUGGUGGAUGAGAAGCUGCAGAUCCUCAAGGAACACCGUCGUCAGGAGCUGGCAGCACGGCAGGAGGCUUACCGGUGGAAGAACUUCGCCCAGGGUUGGCCUCGUUGCCUCAACGUGGACUCUAUCUUUGAGCUGGACUCCAACAUCCAGUUCUCCCGCAUCAGGGCCAACAACUUCACUGGUUUCCUCAUCUUCCAAGGGGCCUCCCACUUUCUUUCAGGGUUCCUACUGAGACGCACCUCCUGGAACAGCCUGGAUGAGAUGCGCACCAUCUUCUCCCGGACACAGGGCAGGGACAUUGUCCCCGAGUAUGUGGCCAAGCACUGGCAAGAAGACGACUUCUUCGGUUAUCAGUUCCUCAAUGGCAACAACCCCAUCAUCAUCCAUCGCUGCACCACACUGCCACCCAAAUUCCCAGUGACACCAGAGAUGGUCGCUGGCUCAUUGGGAGGUGGCACUGACCUGGGCAAGGAGCUGCAAGAAGGUCGGAUUUUCAUUGUGGACUACAAGGUGCUGGAGGACAUCCCGACCGACACCAUCUAUGGACGCCAGCAGUACGCAGCAGCCCCACUCUGCCUGCUUCACCAGGGCACCGAUGGGCUCCUGCGCCCCAUUGCCAUCCAGCUCAGCCAAACGCCAGGACCCUGCAGCCCCAUCUUCCUGCCGAGUGAUGACGAAUGGGACUGGCUGUUGGCCAAGACCUGGGUGCGCAAUGCCGACUUCUACAGCCACCAGCUCCUCACCCACCUGCUGAGGACCCACCUGUUUGGGGAGGUCUUCGCCAUCGCCACCCUGCGCCACCUGCCCACCUGUCACCCCCUCUUCAAGCUCCUCAUGCCCCAUUUCCACUUCACACUGCACAUCAACACCUUGGCUCGCAGUGUCCUCAUCAACCCUGGUGGUCUCAUUGACAAGGGCUCCGGGGUGACCUAUGAGGGGUUGCUGCUGGUGGUGCAGCGAGGCCUGGAGCAGGUGACCUACACAUCCCUGUGCCUCCCCGAUGACAUCCGCCACCGUGGCAUGUCCCAUGUCCCCAACUACUACUACCGAGAUGAUGGGAUGAGCCUCUGGAAGCCAUUGAGAGGUGAGACUGGUUUUGGGGGGUGGAGGGUGGUCCUGGCAUGCCCCAGGAUCUCACAAUCACCUCGUCCCUACGGCAGCUUUGUCACCGGCAUUGUGACAUUCUACUAUGGUGGGGAUGCAGCGGUGAGCGGGGACACCGAGCUGCAGGCCUGGGUGAUGGACAUCUUCACUAAUGGCUUCCUGGGCAGGACAUCCUCAGGUGUUCCCUCCUCGCUGCAGACAGUGGCGGAGCUCAUCAAGUUCCUCACCAUGGUGAUGUUCACCUGCUCAGCGCAGCACGCGGCCGUCAACAAUGGGCAGUAUGAUCUGGGGGCCUUUGUCCCCAACGCCCCGUCCUCCAUGCGCCACCCACCACCCUGCGAGAAGGGCCGGGCCUUCCUCCAGCACUUCCUCGACACCAUCCCUGAGGUGGCCACCACUGCCAACAUCCUAGUGGCUCUCAUUCUCCUCAGCUCCCAACUCAAGGACAGGAGGCUCCUGGGACAAUACCCGGAGGAGUGGUUCACGGAAGCGGAACCCCGGCGGCUCAUCCGGGCCUUCCAAGGGCGGCUGGAGGAGAUCCGGGACCGCAUUGAGGAGAGGAACUACGGGGCUGAGCUGAGAUAUAACUACCUGAACCCGCUGGAGACGGAGAACAGUAUCUCCAUCUGAGCACAGGAGCUGCACCCACUCAGCACCCCCAGCACUCCCAGCACCCUGCAUCUGGGCAUCCCCAGCACCCAGCACACUCAGAACCCCACAUAUGGUCACCCUCAGCACCCAACAACCCCAGUAUCUGGACACCCAGUGUACCCAGCACCUCCAAAACAUCCAGCAUCCUGCAUCUGGGCAUCCCCAACACACAACCACCAGCAUCUGGUUAUCCAGUACACCUAGCACUCCCAGCACCCCUUACAUGGCCAUCCCCAACACCCUUGUCAACCAGCACCCUGCACUUGGACAACCCCAGCAACCCCACACCUGGAGAUCCUCAGCAUCUGUGGAAUUGCAUUUUAUGGAAAUGGUAUACUCUGGUUCACCCGUGGAAAAUGUAUUGUUUAUCCCAAGUCUGUACCCUCCCUGCAGUAUCAUGUAUCUGUAACUCUAUUGGCUGUAGAAUCUUACCCGCGCCUACUUUGAACCUCUGUGUUAAGGGUGCAAUCGGGGAGGGCUCUCCCCUCUUUUGCCCUGGUGGUCUCCAGAGAGUGCUCUCUCCCCUUCCCUCUCCCCUUCUCCCUCUCCCCCCUUCCCUUCCC